GAGACUCGCUAAAAGUCAGGGAAAUUCGGACUUUGACUUGAAGGAACUUACUUUUGGCUGCAACUGGUGCGACGCUUUCUUCUUUUUUUUUUUCUGCAGCAGCGUCAGCAGCAGCAAGGGUGAUGUGGAUGUGGUGAUUACGCGCUGACUUGAAUGUUUGACUCCUUUUCUGUUUUCUUACUCUUGCUUUUGUUUGAACAGUCACAUGACACAAACUGUUGUUUGGAGUCCAGAUUUCGUGGUGAGUCUGUGCGUAUGCCGAGCGGAGUCGCGUGUCUGUUUGUGAUAACCGUUAAGGAAACAUGAACGUCUCCUUCCUCGACGUGACCCAGGGCGCGCUCUUCAAUGGGACUCUGGCGACAUACAACGGCACCGACAACGUGGUGACCGGCGACGGCGGAGGGUCCCUGGUGCUGGCACAAGACGAGCGCAAACUCUUCAUCAUGCGCGUGGUGCAAAUCGCGGUGCUGUGCGUGCUGUCGCUCACAGUGGUGUUCGGGAUUUUUUUCCUCGGGUGUAACUUGAUGAUCAAAUCGGAGAGCAUGAUUAACUUCCUGGUGAAGGAGCGGAGACCUUCCAAAGACGUGGAGACUGUCAUGAUCGGGCUCAGCUAGAGCAUGGAGAGUAUGGACUGUGGAGAAGUGAAGCGGAGAUCCGGUUUGAGGAUCUGUUGCACGUUCCCUAAGGCAGAUCUGUAUCUGCAUCUGCAUGUACCUCUUAAGGACGCUCUCUGGAACUUCACGAGGAGAGCUAUGCAAAAACUUCACAGUUCCUUCCGAAGACACGGCUUCAGGAAAGAAGCCUGGCGACGUUCGUUUGUGCGUAAAGUUUGUGCGUAAAACUCGGGCAAUGUUUACACUUGGACCUAUCUGUUGAAUCUUUUGAGUGAAUUCAAUGUUGCCAACUUGAACAAGAUGUUUACACGCUGUUACCUCGUUUUUUUUCGUGUAUUCUUUUGUAAAUUUAAAAUGAUUAUCGCAGAAUGUUUUUAAAGCAUGAUUGUGGAUUCUUAUGGUUCAAAGACUGCGAAUGUAAUGUUUUGGAUAUGUGGCUGUUCCAUCAACAGAGUAUUUUCUUAGUCUUGUUUGAAAAAAAAAAAAGUCUCAGUACUGAAAACUUGCACGUUUUUAAAGGAACAUUGUCACAGCUUCCUAGGGUGCUUGUCUUUUUGUUUGGCAUGCUCGCUACUUGAUCUGUAAAGUGAUUUUUGGAACCGUUUUGCACUUUUGAACACUGAUGCUGCAUGACAUUUUUUGGACAAAAAAAAAAAAAA